GGUGUAAAAUGCAAUCUGAAGGUGAAGAGAAAUGGAGAGGGGGACUGCUGGGAAAGACAGGUGGUCUGGCACCGAAAGAAGAGCUGGGGGGAGGGGUCGGGCCCAAGGCAGCGAAGUCCAGGGUCCGAUGCAGCGUGGGCCCACGUGGAGCGGGCGCUGAAUCACUGCUGGGCUCUCUUCAACCCCCAUCCUCCCCCUCCUCUCCCGGCCGGGUGCCCGCAGUCCCCGCCUUCUCGGCCGCCGCCUCCACGGGGCGGGGCCCUGGCCCGGGGACCAGCCGCCGCGGCUAUAAAUGGGCUGCGGCGAGGCCAGCAGAACGCUGUGACAGCCACACACCCCGAGGCCUCCAAGAUGAGCUACACGUUGGACUCGCUGGGCAACCCGUCCGCCUACCGGCGGGUGACCGAAACCCGCUCGAGCUUCAGCCGCAUCAGCGGCUCCCCGUCCAGCGGCUUCCGUUCGCAGUCGUGGUCCCGCGGCUCGCCCAGCACCGUGUCCUCCUCCUACAAGCGCAGCACGCUGGCCCCGCGCCUCGCCUACAGCUCCGCCAUGCUCAGCUCGGCCGAGAGCAGCCUCGACUUCAGCCAGUCCUCGUCUCUGCUUAACGGCGGUUCUGGGCCUGGAGGCGACUACAAGCUGUCCCGCUCCAACGAGAAGGAGCAGCUGCAGGGUCUGAACGACCGCUUCGCGGGCUACAUCGAGAAGGUCCACUACCUGGAGCAGCAGAACAAGGAGAUCGAGGCGGAGAUCCAGGCGCUGCGGCAGAAGCAGGCCUCGCACGCCCAGCUGGGCGACGCGUACGACCAGGAAAUCCGCGAGCUACGCGCCACCCUGGAGAUGGUGAACCACGAGAAGGCUCAGGUACAGCUGGACUCGGACCACCUGGAAGAGGAUAUCCACCGGCUCAAAGAGCGCUUCGAGGAGGAGGCACGGCUGCGCGACGACACCGAGGCGGCUAUCCGCGCGCUACGCAAAGAUAUCGAGGAGUCGUCGAUGGUCAAGGUGGAGCUGGACAAGAAGGUGCAGUCGCUGCAGGAUGAGGUGGCCUUCCUGCGGAGCAAUCACGAGGAGGAGGUGGCCGACCUGCUGGCCCAGAUCCAAGCGUCACACAUCACCGUGGAGCGCAAAGACUACCUGAAGACGGACAUCUCGACGGCGCUGAAAGAGAUCCGCUCCCAGCUCGAGUGUCACUCCGACCAGAACAUGCACCAGGCCGAAGAGUGGUUUAAGAGCCGCUACGCCAAGCUCACCGAGGCGGCCGAGCAGAACAAGGAAGCCAUCCGCUCCGCCAAGGAAGAGAUCGCCGAGUACCGGCGCCAGCUGCAGUCCAAGAGCAUCGAGCUCGAGUCAGUGCGCGGCACCAAGGAGUCCCUGGAGCGGCAGCUCAGCGACAUCGAGGAGCGCCACAACCACGACCUUAGCAGCUACCAGGACACCAUCCAGCAGCUGGAAAAUGAGCUUCGGGGCACAAAGUGGGAAAUGGCUCGUCAUCUGCGAGAAUACCAGGAUCUCCUCAACGUCAAGAUGGCUCUGGAUAUUGAGAUCGCCGCGUACAGGAAACUCCUGGAGGGUGAAGAGACCAGAUUUAGCACAUUCGCAGGAAGCAUCACUGGGCCGCUGUAUACACACCGACAGCCCUCCAUCGCCAUAUCCAGUAAGAUUCAGAAAACCAAGGUAGAGGCUCCCAAGCUAAAGGUCCAACACAAAUUUGUUGAGGAGAUCAUAGAGGAAACCAAGGUGGAAGAUGAGAAAUCAGAAAUGGAAGAAGCCCUGACGGCCAUUACCAAGGAAUUGGCCGUUUCCAUGAAAGAGGAGGUCAAGGAAGAGGAGGCUGAAGAAAAGGAGGAGAAAGAAGAAGCUGAAGAAGAAGUUGUCGCUGCCAAAAAGUCUCCAGUGAAAGCUACUGCACCUGAACUUAAAGAAGAGGAAGGAGAAAAGGAGGAGGAAGAGGGCCAAGAGGAAGAGGAAGAGGAAGAGGAGGCUGCUAAGUCAGACCAAGCCGAGGAAGGAGGAUCUGAGAAGGAAGCUUCUAGUGAAAAAGAGGAAGGUGAGCAAGAAGAGGAAGGAGAAACAGAGGCUGAGGGGGAAGGAGAGGAAGCCGCCGCCGAAGCUAAGGAGGAAAAGAAAAUGGAGGAAAAGGCUGAAGAAGUGGCUCCAAAGGAGGAGCUGGUGGCAGAAGCCAAGGUGGAGAAGCCAGAGAAAGCCAAGUCCCCAGUGACCAAGUCCCCGACAACAAAGUCCCCUACGGCAAAGUCCCCAGAGGCAAAGUCCCCAACAGCAAAAUCCCCGACGGCCAAGUCCCCAGUGGCAAAGUCCCCGACGGCAAAGUCCCCAUCGGCAAAGUCCCCAACAGCAAAGUCCCCAGCGGCAAAAUCACCCGUGGAGGAAGUGAAACCCAAAGCAGAAGCUGGAGCUGAGAAAGGAGAACAGAAGGAGAAGGUGGAGGAAGAAAAGAAAGAAGCAAAGGAAUCUCCCAAGGAAGAGAAGGCAGAGAAAAAGGAGGAAAAGGCAAAGGAUGUGCCAGAGAAGAAGAAGGCUGAAUCCCCAGUGAAGGCUGAGUCCCCAGUGAAGGAGGAGGUGCCCGCCAAGCCAGUAAAGGUGAGCCCCGAGAAGGAAGCCAAAGAGGAGGAGAAGCCCCAGGAGAAAGAGAAGGAGAAAGUGGAAGAGGUGGGAGGGAAGGAGGAGGGAGGUUUGAAGGAAUUCAGGAAGGAAGACAUAGCCAUCAAUGGGGAGGUGGAAGGGAAGGAGGAAGAACAGGAAACUAAGGAGAAAGGCAGUGGGGGAGAAGAGGAGAAAGGAGUCGUCACCAACGGGCUAGACGUGAGCCCAGCAGAUGAAAAGAAGGGCGGUGAUAAAAGUGAGGAGAAAGUGGUGGUAACCAAAAUGGUAGAAAAAAUCACCAGUGAGGGGGGAGAUGGUGCUACCAAGUAUAUCACCAAAUCUGUAACCGUCACUCAAAAGGUCGAAGAGCAUGAAGAGACCUUUGAGGAGAAACUAGUGUCUACUAAAAAGGUAGAGAAAGUCACUUCACACGCCAUAGUAAAGGAAGUCACCCAGAGUGACUAAUAUUUGAGUCCAUCGCAAAAGGUUAAGCCAUAUGACAAUUUCAAAAAUGCAUGUGAUUGACAGCUUCAAAACAGAACGGGUUCUCCCAUGGGGGCUCCAGACAUUGUAUUUUACUUUGUGCAAUAUGAAGGACCUGCAUGCAAGCUCAGGGUGCUCCCCACCCCCAGUCUUUGGGUGAUUCAAAUGCAUGAUAACUGUCUGUACCUGGGGAAUUGGCCAAUUUCCUAAGCUGUUGGAAGGGGGGCACUCGGGGAAUGUCUUGAGAUGUAUUAUGCAAAGAACCAACUGAGCCAAAAAUAAUAAAUGAAACACAGAACUCUCUUAGCCUUAAGAAAGCUAUAUAUGAAUAAUUAUGUUUACCUCACUGGUGCAUUUAAAAAGGACUUUUGUUCAUGGGAGAACCUCGUUGACAUGCACAGUUUGCAACUUUUAGUUGAUUGAUGUUAAACGUCACAGCAGUACUUGCUCAAUAAAGGUCAUAUUGGAAACAUA